AUGUGCCGGUACGUGCAGGCGUACAACCCCGCUGUGCACAUCCUUCGCCGCGGUCUCAGUGAUAUGUCCGUGUUCACGUGGCUGUUGUUGGGCGGUGAUAGUUGUCGGGAAAGCCGAAUGGCUUCCCUAGGGCCUAUCGGCAACUGUGCCGCCCAAUUAAUCGCCGCGUACAGGGCGUUUCUGCGGGACGCGGUGCGGGGCUCGGGCUUCCGUUUCGAGUGUGUGGUCAGUGGUGACACAUCGUGUGCGGUGUUGUCGCUGAUGGCCACAUACGGAACUCGGAUGUCCGAGUUCUGUCUCACGGAGGGGUUGCUCGUGUGUUCAACAAAGGAUUGGCAUUACUAUGUCAAAUCCUUGAUGUUGGACACAUUGAGUCGGCUCGUGGACUUGGUGGAGAAAUUGCAAACGGCCCACUUCCACAAUCGUUUGCUGGCGAGCGUCUAUGACUCGGAGUUGAUACUGAGGUUCUUGGCGUUUGGUGAGGCACGGCACUUAGACUACACCAGAGUGUCAAUUCUAUUCCCGUGCCGCCAAUUGGCUCCCGGUAGCAGGAGGAAGAGUCGGUGGGACGACAAUGGUUUCGUCCGGUAUGCUCCCUCACGGGCCGGAUAUUUCAACCGGUUAAGGUGA